AUGGACAAAGACAUUCAGAUCGCCAACGCACAUGCUCAGCCCUCGGUCCCGGAUCAGGCUCAAAAUGAGGCUUCAACUGCAAUGCAAGUGGACACCGAUCAUGUGAAGGAGACUUCAACAACAACAGCAGCAGCAGAUCCUGCACAAGUACCUGAGGCCGAAAACGAUGCUCUUGAUCAAGCUAUUGCAGGGGAAAAGGCUGCAGGAGACUAUGACAGCAGUGAUUUGGAUUCAUCUUCUGAUGACGAUAGCAGCGACGACGACGACGACGACCAACAACAACGGCAACAACAUGUUCCUGCCUAUAGCGAUGAGGAGGAUAAUGGAAACAUGCCACUGAAGACACACAAUGAGAUCAGCAACUUUGUGGUGGAGAAACCCGACUUUGUUAUCAAUGAGAAUACGACCGUCAAUCGUGUUGGUGUCAUUAUGGAGAUCAUUGAUAAAGCCAUCAUUGUGCAAAGUGAUCCAUCGAUGAAUAUGGCAUUGGAUAUGGGAACCUUAUUUGCAUACGAGGAUCGUCAAGUGAUGGGUGAAGUUUUCGAAACGUUUGGACCAGUGAGCAAGCCUUUUUAUUCCAUCUUAUACAACUCGUCGGAUGAGAUUGACAAGGAACGUGCAGUCGUUGGAGCUCCCGUCUAUUAUGUUCCAUCCUACAGUCGUACUCAGGUGGUGCCCACGGAUGAAUUGAAGCGUCAAAAAGGCACGGAUGCCAGUAAUGCAUUUGAUGAAGAAAUCAAUGAAAGUGAACAAGAAUUCUCGGAUGAUGAGCAAGAAAUGACAUUUCGACGUUUACAAAAGCAGAAAAAGAGUGGGAAAUUCGUAUCGAAUGAAACUGAAGCUGUGGUACCCGAACGAGGCAACCGGGCUAAACGACCCAAGAAGCAACAAAGAGCACCUCUUCUCAAGACACACAAAUUUGCGGAUGAGCCUGCUGAUGAUUUCGAUUCAAUGCUUGCAGCUUAUGAAAAGUCUCAACCAGCACCUCCUUCACGAGCCAUUCAAAGCUAUGAAGACAUCAGCACACCUCCACCCAGACAAAUGCAAAGCUAUAAUGAUCUUGACACUGCUUUAUCACAACCACCAUCAUUCCCACAACAACAACAACCCCAAGCAUCCACUGCUCCUGUUACCCAAGCAACCCCAUCCUAUCAGACCCCUGAAGAACUUGUGCGAGCCUUGUUUGGUACACAACCAAAGCAACAACAACAACAACCAUCAUCAUCAUCCGCCACGCCCGCUUCGAAUGAACCAGCACCUGCUCCAGGUAGUGCUCGUGCUGUCUUGUUGCAAAUGUUGAAUGAACAGCAGCAGCAGAAACAGUCUCAAUGA